UUUCUGAACUUUUUUCUUUGGUUUAUCUUUACCGGCGCUGAGUUGACUCUAUGAACCUGCAUGGCAACAACAUGUCCGAAGUGAUCUCUUACACUAUCAGGACCUCCAGUACUCUUGAGUCUAACCCUUGGCCUUCACCUCUACCUGAUAACACCUCACACUACAGGUGUAAGGUGAGCGCCUUAGCCCGCAACGGGAUGGAGACCCAAACACUAAACUGGUCACAACACAAUGGUGCAGGAGAUUCUGGAUCUCAUUGUGUUCACUCUGAGUCAAUGGUGGAGAAGAACUGGCCGGCGCUACUGAUUUUGGUCGCCAUUGGCGUCACGGUCAUGGGCAACAUCUUGGUGAUCCUGGCGGUUUCCCUGGAGAAAAAGUUGCAGAACGCAACCAACUACUUUUUGAUGUCACUGGCAGUGGCUGACAUGCUGCUUGGCAUUUUGGUGAUGCCGGUUUCCAUGGUGACCAUCCUCUAUGAUUACAAAUGGCCUCUCCCCUUUGACCUUUGUCCUAUCUGGAUCUACCUGGAUGUGCUGUUUUCCACAGCAUCCAUCAUGCAUCUCUGCGCCAUUUCACUGGAUCGAUACAUCGCCAUAAGAAACCCGAUCCACCACAGCCGUUUUAAUUCUCACACUAAGGCUCGAAUUAAGAUCAUGGCUGUGUGGACCAUUUCAGUGGGGAUAUCAAUGCCAAUUCCUGUGUUAGGACUCAGAGACCACUCUAAAGUGUUUAAAAAUGGAAACUGCCUGCUGACAGAUGACAAUUUCGUACUGGUGGGCUCCUUCAUUGCCUUCUUUGUUCCUCUAAUCAUAAUGAUUGUCACGUAUUUCCUGACCAUCAGCGCCCUACAGAACGAGGCCACACUCUGCUUGGACCGGCUUGUUCCAAGACCAAAAUGGAGCACCACCUUCACACUAAGCUUCUUUCCUCAAAGCUCUGUCUCAUCUGAUAAACUGUUCAGGCGCUCUAUUAGCCAAGAGGUUGGAGGAAGAGGAAGCAGCAGUGGCCUCAAUGGUGCUCGGUGCAGCUUCUCUGGUGCGAUGGUCGGAAGGCGAACUAUGCAGUCCAUCAGCAAUGAGCAGAAAGCAUCAAAGGUGCUGGGGGUUGUGUUUUUCCUCUUUGUAGUCAUGUGGUGUCCAUUUUUCAUCACCAAUGUAUUGAUGGUUGUGUGCCACCACCACAUUUGCCACCCAGAGGUCAUGGAGGGUCUGCUGAAUAUUUUUGUCUGGGUUGGAUAUUUGUCUUCAGCUGUCAACCCACUGGUCUACACACUUUUUAACAAAACUUAUCGCACAGCUUUCAUGCGCUAUAUUCGCUGCCAGUAUCAGCCAGAAAAAAAACCUCUUCAACUCAUACUGGUGAACACCAUCCCACCUCUGGCCUUCAACUCCUCUCAGUUAGCCCUGGGUGACAUGCGGAAGUUACAAAAUGGAACAAUGCACUGUGAGAAGGAGGGAAGGGGAAUCUGCUUGCCUGGGAGGGAAACAGACCAGGUUAAACAGAGCAAAUGCGAAAGAGACAAAGAUGAGAGCAGUGUGUAGCAAAUGUCAAAACAAAACCCUGGUUUACAGUAGAUCUGUACACAUCCUUGUUCAGCUAAAUCUCAGUCUUCACCUCUGCAGUAAUUUUAAGUGUGUUUGUUUUCUAAAUAGUUUGUAACUGACUUUUGAUCAUACAAGACCCAUGGAAACAGAGUAAAACCUAUCACUAAUUCUGUUAGGGGUUUAUUGAAGAUUCAGAUUUUCAAUUUGUCAUCCAACUUCUUUAUAAUGAAAUGUCUCCUUGUGAAGAAAGAUAUACAGUUCAAGACAACCAGGCACAAUGAAGGAUAUAACCUUUUCUAGAGUAAUUGUAUUUUUGUACAAAUGUGCUUCCCUUUGGCACUUACCUGGUAUAAACACAGCAGCUCAUACCCUCUGACAAAUGCCUGACACCCUACCUUCCAUCAAACUGAACCUUUGGGUGAUCAUCCGGGAUUAUACUGGAUUUGCUCCCACUUUAUGAAAAGAAGGUGUCAGAAAGGGGAAGCCUGGCACACCUUGACUCCACCCAGAAGGGUCAUAUUACCCAACCCACGAUAAAAAAAGCUAUUCUGUUCUGCAGAACCUCUGUAUGAAUAAGAACAAAAAUGCGAUAUUUUCAAGUGAAAAAUGGUUGUUAUUGUAUUAUAUUGCCAACAUGAAGACUUCAAAAUGAGAUUUUGAUGGCAGAAAAUAAAGUUAAUUUAAAUGUUGAUGUAUUCCUUGUAAAAUCUUCAGCUCAUACUAUAUGGUGUUGUUAAAAAAUCAUUAGUGCACAAUGUACAUCGUCUCAAUCAUAACACAUGGUGUCCAGUGCUCUGAUGGUUAAUACUUGUUUAAAGUUUUGUAUGAAAAUCUGUAAAUGUGGAACUUCUGCAACAGACUUCAUAAAGUGUCUCAAUUCAGAAUGCGGGUUGAGGCCAGAGUAUAAUAUCGGAUAUCACCUUCUGGGGCUCAAGGUAAUUUCAAAAGAAAUAUGUUGUGUGGCAUUUAUAAAACAAACUUUUAAAAUUCCAUUGCAAAAAGUAAAUGGGGAUAUGUGAUCUGGUCUAUCUGGCUAAAUUUUCUGUUUUUUAACA